ACACCACUCUCCAGUCCCCCCCGCUUACUCCAAGUCGCCUCUUGUUGGAAAAUGUCGCCUUUACUACACUCGUCGAUGAAGCUUGUGCUUUUGGAAGUAUGGAUCUACACUGUCCUCACACAAGGGAUAUUUUCUGACACUUGCCCACAAUGUCACCAACUCGCCAAGUGUGAGGACAAGAGCUGCAAGUGCAUGGAGGGAUACACAGGCAAUGGGAUUACCAACUGCCAAGAUGACGAUGAGUGUGCGACAGUGGAACGCAUAUGUGAGGAUCAUGCCACGUGCAAAAAUACUCCUGGAAGCUACCAAUGCAUCUGUAAACCGGGCUACACCUCCACAAAUGGCCAAGACCAUUUUAAACCCAACGAUGGAAGUCAUUGUAAAGACAUCGAUGAGUGCAGCAGGUCUAACAGGUGUGGCGAUUUCUCCAAUUGCCACAACACCAAGGGCUCUUUCCACUGUUCCUGCCUCAGAGACUAUGUGUCAUCCACAGGAGCCAAGUUGUUUCAACCAGACACACAGACAACUUGUUUGAAGAACCCUCGACCUAAUUGCCACCAGGAUUCAGAAUGUCUCGAAAACAGGGUCAAAAGCAUCAUACAAAAUAUCAGCAGUAUAAGUCGUCCCCAGGAGUUGUUGGAGGAGAUGAGGAAACAGACGUCAGGAGAACUGACCCCAACUGAUGUCCUGGCCUACACAGAAGCCCUGUCCUCUGCCGUACUGUGCUUAGAGCGGGAAACUCAAUCACAUAAGGAUGUUCCUGUGCAGGAAGCUAUGACGGACUUUGUGAAGACGGUAAACAACCUGGUGGAGAGCAAUGAGUUAGAGGCCUGGAACAGGCUUGAGGAGCAGGACAGGGAGCGCACCCUGACCAAGCUCUUCCACUCUGUGGAGAAGGGCUCUCUGGCGCUCUCCUCCAUCAGCAGCAACCUCACCACCGUGGAGGUCAAGCAAGGGGAUGUGGAAUUGAAACUCUACAGACUAGAGGAUAAGCAGAGAGAGAAGAAAGUCUCUGUGUUCCUGGGAGCAAACGCCAUAGCUUUGACACCCAAACGACAAGAUGGAGCCAGAGUGUCAAGUGGAAAGGUAUCAAUAGUUUUCCUCCAGUAUAAAGAAAUUGGCUCAGUCCUAGGCCCCAACGACGAUCCAGGAUUGGUUGACUACUCAAAGUUUGCUGCAGCUGGUCCAAUCAGAGUGAACUCUGAUGUCAUAGCAGCUGCCAUUGGCUCUGCUGAGAUGUACCCCCUUGAGGAAGUGACUUUUACUUUGAAGCAUUCAGAGGCGAUCGAUCCCGUGGACGACGUGACCAGCUGUGCAUUCUGGGAGUACUCGGUGGACACCAUGGAGGGACGCUGGGCCUUGGACGGCUGCCAGCGCUCGCAGGUCAACAGCUCGCACACCACCUGCACAUGCAGCCACCUGACACACUUCGCCAUCCUCAUGUCCUCUGGACGGGCAAACCUUCUGGCGCACUACAACAUCCUGACGCGGAUCACCCAGCUGGGCAUGGUGAUCUCGCUCAUCUGCCUGUCGCUCUGCAUCUUCACCUUCUGGUUCUUCAGCGAGAUCCAGAGCACCCGCACCACCAUCCACAAGAACCUCUGCUGCAGCCUCUUCAUGGCCGAGUUCAUCUUCCUCAUCGGCAUCAACAUGCAUGCACACAAGUUGUUCUGCUCUGCCAUUGCGGGUUUGCUGCAUUAUUUCUUCCUGGCGGCGUUUGCAUGGAUGUGUAUCGAGGGCAUCCAUCUCUAUCUGAUAGUGGUGGGUGUCAUCUACAACAAGGGCUUUCUGCAUCGCAACUUCUACAUAUUUGGAUAUGGCAGUCCAGCUGCAGUGGUGGCCAUCUCUGCCACCCUUGGUCACAAAUACUAUGGUACUAACACAGUAUGUUGGCUGAGCACAAAGAACAACUUCAUCUGGAGUUUCAUUGGCCCUGCAUGCUUGAUUAUACUGGUGAACCUGUUGGCAUUUGCCGUUAUCAUGUACAAAGUAUAUCGGCAUACGGCAGUGAAGCAACCUGAAAUGAGCCACUAUCAAAACGUCAGGUCAUGUGCUAGAGGGGCCAUGGCUCUUCUGUUUGUCCUCGGCUCCACCUGGACCUUGGGGGUCCUGCACAUCCUCAAUGAAACGACCCUGACGGCGUACCUCUUCACUUUCGCCAACGCAUUCCAAGGGAUGUUUAUCUUCAUUUUCCUUGUGGUAUUAUCCAGAAAGAUUCAGGAAGAGUACUACAGGCUGUUCAAAAAUAUCCCUUGCUGCUUUGAAUGCUUUUCAUAAACAGUGAACAAGAGGAGUCGCCAUUAAUGAAGACUGAUGAAGAUUCCUUUUGGUUGUGUGUGUGUGUGUGUGUGUGUGUGUGUGUGUGUGUGUGUGUGUGUGUGUGUGUGUGUGUGUGUGUGUGUGUGUGUGUGUGUGUGUGUGUGUGUGUGUGUGUGUGUGUGUGUGUGUGUGUGUGUGCGCAGGCCCGCCGACAGGGGGGCACAAGGGGGGUAUGUUGUCCUGGGUCCAGGGAGAUAGGGGGCCCAGAAUUGGGUCCCCAUUACAUUCUAUGUAUUGGAUAGGGGGCCCUUUCAGAUGUGUGUGUGUGUGUGUGUGUGUGUGUGUGUGUGUGUGUGUGUGUGUGUGUGUGUGUGUGUGUGUGUG